AUGAAGUUCACUUCUUCCAUCGCCCUGGCGGCGCUUUCUUCUAUGGCUAUUGCCGCUCCCCACGACAACAUCAACAAGAGAGCUGUUGCCUCUGGUCCCGUCGGAUACGCCUCUACCAACGGAGGCACCACUGGUGGUCAGGGCGGAGCAACCACUACCGUCUCUACUCUUGCUCAAUUCACCAAAGCUGCCACUCUAAAGGAGCCUACUGUUGUUUACAUCUCUGGCAAGAUCACUGGCAACACCAAGGUCAAGGUCACCUCAGACACCUCCAUCAUCGGUUUGAACAGCAACUCUGCUUUGGAGAACACCUUCAAAUCAGCGACCAAUCAGGAUUCUACCUCUAUUUCGAGUCUUUGUUCGUACGAUGAGUUGCGACAACCGAUCAAUAUGACAUUGUAG